AUGGCUGCGGAGUUGCAGGAUGAUUCUGGUUCACCACAGCGCAGUGCAAGCAGCGAAAAGGGCUUAAUGGUCGUGGAUUUAGCAUUAGAACUUCACCGACGGGCCAAGGUCUUUGCUUUGGCAGGGGACACCUUGCGGGCCAAGCAGUUAAUUGAGAGCUGCAUUGAACAGAUGGGAAGCGCCACUGUGUCCUUUCCACAUGGCUCUCGGAUUCUACAACUCUGCGAGACCUUGUUGGAGGCAUGGAACACGGAGGGCGUGGUAUUACAGGCCGAAGAGAACGACUUGGUGGCAGAGCUGGAGCGUAGCGUCACGGAGGCAUUACGCCAGGUUCCAGUGUUGAAAGUUCUUCGGCUGGAAAACCAUUUGUCCCUGCAAGGCAAUAAGGGCAAAUGCCCUUCGGGGGGCCACGCUCUUCUCCUCGCUUAG